CAAUUUGGCAUAUUGUGGAAUCUUCCGAUCUCCCUGAUCUGUGCUCUGGCAAGUGAGGGGCGAGGAAGGAAACUACUAAACCAAACUUGAUGUAAACGAGAGUGCACCCCCCAAUUCAAUAGAAGAGUGACAACAGGCGAAUUGGAAUUUUGAUACAGCCUAUAUCUAGAUUCUUUAGAUCUAGAAUCUAGUAUUGUAUAAUAGUCAGCUUUGCUGCGUCAAGAAGUUUUAUCCUGUAGUCGAGGCUAACAAUGGCAGAUGAAGCAUUAUUUGAAUUUUUACACAUGGAAAUGGUGGCGCAUGUACACCGUUCAUCAGCUAAAGAUGAAAAGGAUCAGUGCAUCUCUACCCUUGAGGCUCUUGGUUUCCGUGUAGGGCAAAGCCUAAUUGAGAGAUUCACCCGCGAAUGUUCUAGAUUUAAAGAUGAACUUGAUACCAUGAAGUUCCUGUGCAAAGAUUUCUGGAGUUCAGUCUACAAGAAGCAGAUUGAUAACCUGAGAACGAACCACCAGUACCUGGCGUUCCCGUGUGGCAUGAUUCGAGGGGCUUUGUCUAACCUAGGGGUGAACUGCAUCGUCACGGCAGAAGUCAGUGCCAUGCCAGCCUGUAAAUUUCAGAUCCAGAUCCAAAGGACGUAGCAGGUCUGAAGAACGUCAUUCAGCGACUGUAUCAACGGGCGACUGUGUCAACGGGCAAUUGUGUCAACGGGCCAAUUUGACAACACAAUUGACAGUACGGUAGUCCAGGCCUCUGUGCACAGAAACACGUCUUAAUUGUUAGCUGCGGUGUGGGGAGGUUCUUCCUGUUAGGUUUGAGUUUGACUCCCUUGCUCAGUCAGAGCAGAGCGUGGUUAGAUCACCCACAGGGGUGCUGCCACACUCAUGGCCAGUUUCCAUGCCCUCAACAAACUGGGUUUUUUUUUUUUUUACCAAAUUCAUCCUGAA